GGAGAACGCCCGCAGUCCGCGGGUCCGAAUAAAGCCGGUGCGGCGGGUGUUGUGAUGUUGCAGUAAGUGGACACAGCUGGGACAGAGCAACACCGGCAGGACUUCACCUACAGACACAGCCGCUACGUACCUGGACAGAAAUGGAGGACGAGAUCGCUGCGCUUGUUGUUGACAAUGGCUCCGGUAUGUGCAAGGCCGGGUUUGCUGGGGAUGACGCUCCUCGUGCAGUUUUCCCCUCCAUUGUUGGACGUCCCAGACACCAGGGUGUGAUGGUGGGAAUGGGACAGAAGGAUAGCUAUGUGGGAGACGAGGCUCAGAGCAAGAGGGGUAUUUUAACCCUGAAGUACCCCAUUGAGCAUGGCAUCGUAACCAACUGGGAUGACAUGGAGAAGAUCUGGCAUCACACCUUCUACAACGAGCUCCGUGUUGCUCCUGAGGAACAUCCAGUCCUGCUGACAGAGGCGCCACUCAACCCCAAAGCCAACAGGGAGAAGAUGACUCAGAUCAUGUUUGAGACCUUCAACUGUCCUGCCAUGUAUGUGGCCAUCCAGGCUGUCCUGUCACUGUACGCUUCUGGUCGUACCACAGGUAUCGUGAUGGACUCUGGUGAUGGUGUAAGCCAUACUGUCCCAAUCUACGAAGGCUACGCUCUGCCUCACGCUAUCCUCCGUCUGGAUCUGGCUGGUAGAGAUCUGACGGAUUACCUGAUGAAGAUCCUCACAGAGAGGGGCUACAGCUUCACUACCACUGCUGAGCGUGAAAUUGUGCGAGACAUCAAGGAGAAGCUCUGCUAUGUGGCUCUGGACUUUGAGCAGGAAAUGCUGACAGCAGCUUCAUCUUCAUCCCUGGAGAAGAGCUACGAGCUUCCUGAUGGCCAGGUCAUCACCAUCGGCAACGAGCGGUUCCGCUGUCCUGAGGCACUGUUCCAGCCUUCUUUCCUUGGAAUGGAGUCUGCUGGUGUUCAUGAAACCACUUACAACAGCAUCAUGAAGUGUGACGUGGACAUCCGUAAGGACCUGUACGCCAACACUGUCCUGUCUGGUGGUACCACCAUGUACCCUGGAAUUGCUGACCGCAUGCAGAAGGAGAUUACAGCCCUGGCCCCACCCACCAUGAAAAUCAAGAUUAUUGCUCCACCUGAGAGGAAGUACUCCGUCUGGAUCGGUGGCUCCAUCCUGGCUUCCCUGUCCACCUUCCAGCAGAUGUGGAUCAGCAAGCAGGAGUACGAUGAAUCUGGUCCAGCUAUUGUCCAUCGCAAGUGCUUCUAAAGCACCCACUUCCUGUCCCAGUGGUCAACCUACUUUUCAACUGCUGCAUCCAACUGAGGUUGUCCAGUCCAUGUGUAAACAGACUGAAACAUGCCUCAUUCAAGAUUUACCAGCAUUGGUUACAGUUCAGACCAGCGUUGCUGAACGUCGGAACACUGAAUUUUCAAUCUUAAACGAAAUGUGACAAACCUGGAUGGCUGAGCCUCACAAUGUCAAGUCAACUAGGACAAUCCGACUCUCUGUAGUGACAAGUUAACGUUUUAAGCCUGUUCCUGCAACCUUUCAAAGCAUUAAAUCACUGUAAAUCCAUAAUCUCUAAAAUAAAUGUUUACACAACAUUC